AGUGUAUCUCUAUCCACGUGGGGCAGGCGGGUGUCCAGAUUGGCAAUGCCUGCUGGGAACUGUACUGCCUUGAACACGGAAUUCAGCCCGAUGGACAAAUGCCAAGUGACAAAACCAUCGGUGGCGGCGAUGACUCCUUCAACACGUUCUUCAGCGAGACAGGGGCUGGCAAGCACGUGCCCAGAGCAGUGUUUGUGGACCUGGAGCCCACUGUAGUGGAUGAAGUGCGCACAGGGACCUACAGGCAGCUUUUCCACCCAGAGCAGCUGAUCACCGGGAAGGAAGACGCAGCCAAUAAUUAUGCCAGAGGCCAUUACACCAUCGGCAAGGAGAUUGUGGACCUGGUCCUGGACCGGAUCCGCAAACUGGCGGAUCUGUGCACAGGACUGCAGGGCUUCCUCAUCUUCCACAGCUUCGGGGGUGGCACCGGCUCUGGGUUCGCAUCUCUGCUCAUGGAGCGGCUGUCGGUGGACUACGGCAAGAAAUCCAAGCUGGAAUUUGCCAUCUACCCAGCCCCCCAGGUUUCCACGGCCGUGGUGGAGCCCUACAACUCCAUCCUGACCACUCACACGACCCUGGAGCAUUCUGACUGUGCCUUCAUGGUGGACAACGAAGCCAUCUAUGACAUAUGUCGGCGCAACCUGGACAUCGAGCGUCCCACAUACACCAACCUCAACCGUCUGAUUGGGCAGAUCGUGUCUUCCAUCACGGCUUCCUUGCGGUUCGAUGGGGCCCUGAAUGUGGACUUGACAGAAUUCCAGACCAACCUGGUGCCGUACCCCCGCAUCCACUUCCCCCUGGCCACCUACGCCCCAGUCAUCUCAGCCGAAAAGGCCUAUCACGAGCAGCUGUCCGUGGCUGAGAUCACCAAUGCCUGCUUUGAGCCUGCCAAUCAGAUGGUCAAGUGUGAUCCUCGCCAUGGCAAGUACAUGGCCUGCUGCAUGUUGUACAGGGGGGACGUGGUCCCCAAAGAUGUCAACGCGGCCAUCGCCACCAUCAAGACUAAGCGUACCAUCCAGUUUGUGGACUGGUGUCCAACUGGAUUUAAGGUGGGCAUUAACUACCAGCCCCCCACGGUUGUCCCCGGAGGUGACUUGGCCAAGGUGCAGCGGGCCGUGUGCAUGCUGAGCAAUACCACCGCCAUAGCUGAGGCCUGGGCGCGGCUGGACCACAAGUUCGAUCUUAUGUACGCCAAGCGGGCCUUUGUGCACUGGUACGUGGGAGAAGGAAUGGAGGAGGGUGAGUUCUCGGAGGCCCGCGAAGACCUGGCAGCUCUCGAGAAGGAUUAUGAAGAAGUGGGGGUGGAUUCUGUGGAAGCUGAAGCUGAAGAAGGGGAGGAAUACUGAGGGGAGGGUGUGGCAGGCACACCCCUCUUCCACACUCUCCUGCUACCCCUCAGCACGGCUGCUCUCAAGUUUUUUACAAUUAAAGUUUCUGUCUAAAAGCAAAAGCUUUUCCUGUCGUGCUGCUUGGUUCUGCCUGCAGUAGCGCUGUCUGGGCCCCAGAGCCCAGACAGCCUGCGUUGCUGGCGUGGUGCUGAGGUCCAGUACUGCCGUACAAGUCUAAGGGGCCACUGCUGAAGUGACUUUACUUGGAGGAAAUACUUAGUACGUCAAAGCCAAGGUUUCAAGGUAUAAAGGUUUAUCAUGCUCAAGGAAAGCUGAGUCAGGAUUUCAAUUGAAUUUGCUAUUUUGGGACUCCUCUGUGGAUGGGACAUGCAGACUGAAGUGUAAGAGCUCAGAACUGCAGAGUUUAAAUCCAAGAUCUGUGGAUGGGGAUGUCCAGGAAAUCCCUAAAACCACAGAUCCCAUGUGUAAGGCUAGGACAUUUUGGAAGAAAGCGUUAUUGAAUUCUCCAUGGCACUCAGGAUCCACAGGUCACAGCAUGCCCAUGAUGACCUGCCCAAUCUAAUGUAAUCUGGAAGGUAGCAUCCUCCCUCUGAGCUCACUGUGUCUUGGCACUGUCAGUGGGCUUGGCUGUACCUUUUGCUUUGAGUGAAGUGUGUU